UGAACUCCUUAAUGAAGUUAGCUUCACACUGCUUGUCUGUAUCAACAUAGAGCAAGGAUUUUGUCAACAAUCGAAAGUAGAUAUAGAGGUAAUGGCAGAAUUAAAUCGACAACUUCAAGAGUACUUGGCACAAUCCAAAGGGGGUGCCAAGACGAUAUCUCAGUCCAGCUCAAGUACCUCCAUAGACAUAGAUGACCCUGCAUCAGUUCCCGGGAGCUGGUUCGGUAACUGGUCAAGUCCAUUCUCUGGUUCCACCAGCAGGUUGAACUCAUCGGGCCAAGGAUCGAGCACCGGAUUUUCCUGGCCAUGGUCUACGGAGCCAGACCCAUGCCUGCCCGGAAUGAGUCGCUCACAACGACUGGUAGCGUUUGGGACCUGCAUUACUUUCUCUGCUAUUUGCUUUGGACUUUCCGCCCUUUACGCGCCGUUGUUAUUAUUGUAUGCUCGCAAAUUUGCACUACUUUGGUCUCUAGGUUCACUUUUCGCAUUAAUGGGAGCGGGGAUACUGAAAGGACCGAGUAAGCUCAUUGGAACUCCGACUCCUGGCGCAGCGGUAUAUUUGUGUUCGCUUGGCGGAACCCUAUACGCGGCCCUGAGUCUUCACAGCACUGUGCUCACCGCACUUGGAGCUAUUGUCCAGAUUGCUGUCAUCGCUGGGUACGUCGUUUCUUUGUUGCCUGGCGGCAGUGCUGGUAUACGGUUCAUGGGAGGGAUGGCAGCGUCAGCAAUUAAACGGACUGUCACUGGUAAAACAAUGCCUAUUUGAUCAUAGACAUGUUGACACGCUGUCAAACAGACCAAUGAUUCACACUGAACUUUGUUCAGGCCGCUGCAGUGAUAAGGACUGAGCAGUGUGCGCUUUUAGGAUUUCCAGGCAUGGACAGUCCAAAGAAACAUUCCUGCUGGCUACAUUCUAAGAUUGGAUGGGAAUUUCCUAUGGACAAACAACCCAGAUACAAUUUGAGAAUAAACACUUAAAUGGAAGACUCGGCAAACCAUUGUAUAUGUUGUAAUUUUGACUAAUAAAAUGUACCUUGAUACAUGUAUAUAAUUGAUUUUGUUCCAGAGUCGAUCGAUAGAGUGCAUCUCACCAGCUAUGUGAUUUUUCGGAAGUCUGACCUGUUGCACUCAAAUGUCUGUAGCUGGGCACUAAUGCUGAUGUAUGGAUAUUAACAUGGGUGUGCUUGUCAUUAACAUUACAAUAUUAUUCUCAAGGAGAUAUCAUUUUGGUAAAGUUUGCACAAUUUAUUUUAUUAUAGUCUCAUACAAAAAUGGACAAAAACAAUAUGACAAUAUCAUGACAAACUGUACAUUUAGAAACAGAAGAUGCAACCCUUGAUAUUCAGAGGUGCCUGGCGAUGAGAUAGCGUGAAUCUUCUCCAUUAUUUCACAUUGAAACUUAAAUAAAUGGAGCCAAGGACUUGGGGACUGACACAUUCAAAGCCCUCCUGUUAGUUUGUUUCCUUUUUUUUUUUUAACCAACAGUGACAAAACACAACUUCAGAAAGAAACACCUAUGAGUGACUUUUAUUGUUGAAUGUUCCUCUCCUAGUGUUUGGAAUUUAGAAAUAUGGCAUAUUCAGCUUGAUAUGUCAUCAGAACAUUUACAGAUAGAAUCCUAAUGUACAGAGAAGCCACACUAUUUUACAUCAUAAAGAAUAUUGGAUGUUCAGAAUCCUCAUCACACAGCUGUUCUGUGAAAGCCUGAUUGUUACAUCCACCUGAACUUGGUUUUGCCACUGUAUGAUUGAGACAGUGCAUUUAGAAAAUGAAAACCAAAGACCUGGUUCCAUUUCCGUACCUGUCCUCUUCCAAUAGUCCAUAAAUCUUCAAAGUGCCCAAAUCAGACAAGGGAGGGCAACAAGCAACUGGCUCAAUG